UCGUCAUGCAUUAGGUCAUUUUAUCUGAAAAUACAUUCUUAUGUGGCAUUCUUCCUGCAGGGAAUUCUGGAACCAAAGCUUCAAGCUCACUUGGGUUCCUUUGGUGCAGUAGGAAAUCUUGCGCUUCAACCAAUGUGUACCUUGUCUGGUGGUCAGAAAAGCAGAGUUGCAUUUGCCAAGAUAACUACUGUUACAAUAACUUUCAAGAAACCUCACAUAGUUUUGCUUGAUAAGCCAUCCAAUCAUCUGGAUUUGGAUGCGGUUGAGAUGCUCAUUCAAGGUCUGGUCUUGUUUCUAGGAUGGAUCAUUUCGCAGCUAAUAGCCCUUUUUUAG